AUGGCGCCAAUGGACCAGAACGAACGAUCUGCCAAGCGGCAGAAGCUAGCUUCUGACGAAAGCUCUGGUUUGAAUGAUGAGGCAUUCUUUCAAGCUCGACCGGAUGAUACUUCCACUUUCAAUCAUGAAAAAGAGUCUUCCGCGUUCAACAUCUCUUCGUCACCCCUCACCUCCUCUUCCGCCCUCGUCCCCGUCCCCGACGACUUUAUCCUCGACAUAUCGAAAUAUAUACCGGCCGGUUGCGUCCGAAUGGAGAGACAGGACUGUGGCAUAUCACCUGAACUGUGGGCUUCUUGCGAUACCUGGCAUGCGUUUGCGCACCCCCGAGAUGUAUUCAACACUCGGGAUGGACCAUUCAUCGUCAACGCUCUUCAACAGAAAUUGUUCAGCUCAGCAACUCUGCACAAUUACAUUGGAAUCCACUACGCUGGAUGGGUGAGAAUGGAGUUCAAGGCACGGGACCAAGAUUGCGGACAAGUGCGAGUCUACGUCCUUCCAGAUGAUAUCGGCAGAAGCGUGAUCGAGCGAGAAGAGAAAUCAUUACGAAAAGCACUCCACUCAUUGUUGGCGCAACUUGACAUCUCCAAACACACAUGGAUCGGCGAACGGUCUCGCGAAACACCAAUUAUGCACAUUGAUUCGUCUCUCGAUCUGGGGAUCCAAGAUCAGCCUUCACUCUUCUAUCUCUUCAAUACUCUACCAUCACCCAAACCAAAUCUGGACGUGGUCACAGACAGAUACGCCAACGAUGCGAUGUACAGAAUCUUGAACAGUGACAUUGCAGGCCUAAAGACCCAGAUGUAUAACUAUCAGCGCCGCUCAGCAGCACUGAUGCUCCAGCGCGAGACCAAUCCUGCCCAGAUUAUCGACCCACGUCUGAGAAUCUUGGUAGAUCAGCGAGGCGAUGCAUGGUAUUGUGAUUUGGAUGCGGGUUCUUGCCUUCGACAACCGCGGACUUUCGAGGCUCCCAAAGGAGGAAUCUGCGCCGAAACUAUGGGUCUUGGAAAGACUCUGAUCUGCCUUGCUUUGAUUCUUGCAACUCGAGAUACAUCGUCUCAAAUCCCGGCUGAGCACUCGGUUGGAACCAUUCCAGUUCGCCCAAAGACCGGAUCCUUGUUGGAUAUGGCAGCUGAUACCAUUGGUCGUACCGGAACUCCUUGGAAGACUGAGCUUGCACGCAUGGAAGCCGACGGCUCUGAUUUUUCAAAAUGCCGCGAAGCUCUUAAAAGUCAUGCUGGCCACUACUUUCUUCCUUCCCCUGCCCCGCGCAGGGAGUCACGAAAACCUAGAGUUAUCCCUCCCCGCAAAAUAUGGCUCACCAGUGCAACAAUUGUUGUCGUUCCAACGAAUUUGGUGCAACAGUGGCUUCACGAAAUCCAGAAACAUACGACUGGUCUCAAAGUCCUUACGAUGAAUGACCUCUCCAUCCCACUCCCUUCUUCCGAAGAUCUUGCGGAAUAUGACAUCCUUCUGUUCAGCAAGCAGCGUUUUGAGAAGGAAGCGACAUUAAUGGCGGAGACAAGCGAGGAUUCUCGAACUCGUUUGGCUAGGCUAGAGGACGAUCUACUCCGUGACCAUGCAGGCUUGGCAAUAGCGCCAACUGUGGAGACCUAUCACUCUCCAUUAAAGAACCUGCAUUUCAAGCGAUUGAUCGUUGACGAAGGCCACACGUUUGGAAAUUCUUCAUCCAGCUCAAGGACUGAAGCCGUGACCGUUGUGGAAUUCUUACAGCUGUCCGCACGGUGGAUUGUGUCUGGAACUCCUACCCAAGGUUUGUACGGAGCAGAGGUUGCCAUCGGCCAUUCUGAAAGUUCCUCUGUCUCGGCCACUCCUCUCGAGGAAAACGAUUUUGACAAUUCGAAUCUUCUCACUAAGGCUUUUCCAUAUUUGUCUGAUCUUUCAGAAUCCGAUGCAUCCCCUCAGACCUCCAAGAAACGAGAGGCAAUGUUCUUCAAACAAGAGCGGAAAGAUUUGGAGAAGUUGGGCAACAUCGCCACCGUUUUCUUGAAAGCUCGGCCGUGGGCAAAUUCUUGCGACGACAAAGACCAUGCAUCUUGGUCCCAGCAUGUAAUGCAACCAAGACAUGGCUCGAAGAGUCGAGGGAAUACGGAUUGUCUGAAGGCAACAUUGGAGGGAAUGAUCAUACGCCACCGUCCCGACGACGUUCUCCUCGAUAUUGCUCUUCCUCCGCUCCAUCAAACGAUUGUCUAUCUCGAAGGCUCAAUACAGAAUAAGCUAUCUCUCAACACCUUCUCCAUGAUGGUCACUUCCAAUGCGGUCACUUCGGAACGAAGGGAUGCCGAUUACUUCUUCCACCCACGUCAGCGAAAGGCUUUACUCCAACUCGUCGCUAACCUACGCCAGGCAUCCUUCUUCUGGUCCGGUUUUGAAUCCGAACAUGUGCGAAAUACUGUUGAGAUUGCCAAGAAGUUCUUGGAAGAGAAGAAGGUGCCGAUCACUCUAGCAGACGAGGUCUUACUGGAUGAAGCUAUCAAGGCCGGAGAAGCUGUCCUCGCAAAUGAAAUAUCUCAGACGAUUUGUAAGUAUCAUGAAAUGCCUAUGUAUAUUCAGAACGAGUUUGCGGACGACGUCAGAAAGGCAUGGGCUCUCGAUUCUCAACCGCUUAAUCCGACUUUAAUGGGAGCCACUAUGGUCCACUCAGCCCAGAAAUUUGUCGAAUCACAGUUAUGGAAGGAGGAUCCGAUGGAUGGCCUGCUCCAGGCAGGUGAAGAGUCGAUGAAAGCUGCUUUUGAAGGAAUUUCGCAACCGAGCAACCCUCCUCCCAAGAAGAAGUCGACCAAAAAUGCACGAAAGAAGGCUGCAGAAGUUGCACCAACCUUAGCAGGUGGCGUUAGUGUUGGUGAUGCGCUCAGUCCUCGACGUACUCGAAGCGGGAUAGUUCGCCAAGCUCCUUCAUCCACUCCUUCAUCAGCUGUUCUUGAAUCAUUGACCAACACUGUCACGAGCAAUGGUAUCGAAGCCACAAGCAGUUCGUCAGAACAUGAUCUCAAAGCUGCAGAGACCAUGCAAGCUACACCGAAGAUGCCAUCCAAGCCAAAGUCUAUUCUGAAAAAGUCGCCCAAAGUGACCAUAGCCGGAAAGCUUGACCCUUCGUUGCCACUUACCUCGACCUCGAUCGUUUCGACCGCAUCUACCAAGCUCUCCUACUUGAUGGAUAAAGUUCUGCUUCAUCAACAGGAUGAAAAGAUUCUCGUCUUUUAUGAGGCAGACAACGUCGCCUAUUAUAUCGCCCAAGCCCUCGAAUGCCUCGGAAUCAAGCAUCUCAUCUACGCCAAGUCGCUUUCAUCCGCCCGCCGCGCCCAGUACGUCGUAACAUUCAACCAAUCCCGAGUCUUCCGUGUUCUCCUCAUGGAUGUCUCCCAAGCUGCCUUUGGCCUCGACAUGUCCUCCGCCUCCCGCGUCUACUUCGUCAACCCCGUUUUCUCACCCCAAGUCGAAGCUCAAGCCGUAAAGCGCGCCCACCGAAUCGGGCAGGCGAAACCCGUGUAUGUCGAGACUCUCGUCCUGAAAGGCAGCAUCGAGGAAGUCAUUGUGGAAAGACGAAAGGACAUGUCAACCGAGGAGCACAAUAAGUGCAAAUCUAUCCUGGAUGAUCAGACGAUGUAUGAUUGGAUUAAAAACGUCCGUUUUCAGCCGAUUCCCGAGGAGGAGGUUUCGGGGCCUGAGCAGAUGGCGAAGCUUAAGACGAAGCAGCUGGUGUUUGGGAGAGGUGCGGGGGCGAAGGGUGAUUAUGAUCCUGAUGAGGAUCUGGUGUUUGGGGAGGGGUAUGCGAAGGCGAAGGAGGGGAAGGGAAAGCGUAGAGCCGCGGCGAAGGGGAAGGGGAAGAGGACUGCGGCCGUUGCAUUUGCUGAAGGGCUAUCAGCCGAAAUGCCAGGGAGCCUGCAAGAUGCAGAUGGCAACGCGGCAUCGGGUAUGCCGCUCUUGUAA